UGCUUCCCCGGGUGUUUUUGCUUCUCUCCUUCAGCAAUAGUCGCCCUCUUCCUGGUCGCCUUUUCUCAUCGAUCAGGAAUGAGAGCGGCUGCCCUGACCCUCGUAGCUUUCCUGCUGGGUUUCUCUCAGGUCGCGGGCCGCCGCUGCCCUUUCCCAUGCCGCUGCGCGCCGCUUCCCCUUCGCUGCCCUCCCGGAGUCAGCUCGGUUUUCGACGACUGUGGCUGCUGCCAGGUGUGCGCCCGCCAGCUCAACGAGGACUGUGACAAGCUGUCGCCCUGCGAUCCUCAUAAAGGCCUGGAGUGCAAUUUUGGGGCCGACCCCUUAGCGACCCGGGGCAUCUGUUGGGCAAAGCAAGAAGGUCGGACCUGCGAAUACAACGGCCGUAUCUACCAAAAUGGAGAGAACUUCCAGCCUAGUUGCAAACAUCAAUGCACUUGCAUUGAUGGAGCGGUGGGUUGCCAGCCUCUUUGCCCACUGGAACUGCCUCUGGCUUCACUAGGCUGUUCCAGUCCCCGGCUCCUUAAAGUACCCGGUCAAUGCUGCAAGAAAUUUGUGUGCAGCAAAGGAUCCAAGAAGUACAAAGGUGUCGCCUUUGAGUACAACUCAAAUGGAGAGGCCAGUAACAAUGAAAUCAUCUAUGCGGGUAAAGGUGGACACUGGAAGAACCUGCCAGCAUGGAGACCAUUCUUCCAGGAUCAGGAUACAAAGCAAGAGCGCAAAUGCUUGGUCCAGACCACACACUGGUCCCCGUGCUCUAAGAGUUGUGGUUUUGGCAUCUCUACCCGCAUCAACAGCAAUAAUCCCCAAUGCAAGCUGAUCAAAGAAACCCGAUUGUGUCAGGUCAGGCCCUGUGAGCAGCCUGAUUUUUCAAAGCUAAAGAAAGGCAAGAAAUGUCUGAGGACGCACAAAGUGCAAGAGCCCGUGAGAUUCAGUCAUGCGGGUUGCAAGAGCCCACGUCGUUACCAGCCCAGUUUCUGUGGGGCCUGCCUGGAUGGCCGCUGCUGUGUACCUCUGCGCACUCGUACACUAAAUGUACCCUUCCAUUGUCCUGAUGGGAGCAGUUUUACCAAGAAAGUCAUGAUGAUCCAUACUUGCCAGUGUGGGGCAUCUCACUGCCCGCUGCUGAGUGAAGCUGCCACGGGACCCCAGUAUCAGCUGAAUGGGGACAUCCACAAAUUCCUGGAAUGACAGGGCAUGCCAACCUGUCUACCGGUGAUGGCUCUGGUGGAUUACUUUGGAUCAUCCAGGCCCUUCCCCCUCCUGCUUGAUCCAUGAAGCUAAGACAGGCUGUAGUUGCUCUGCUUCCCUGAAUGCAAAUCUGGAAGAUAAAACGGCAUUUGGAAAUGGCCUCACCCUUCGGUAUUUGGAAAAUGCAUUGGGCUAUGUUGGGAGCAUGGCUAUCCAGUGGGAACGGAUCGAAUGGCACGGAUUUCAGUCUCUCUAUACUCAGUCCAGCCAAGCUCAGGCUGGAACUGAGUCUCAAGCUACUAUGGUAGUAGAAGAUCAAAGACUUCUGAUUUGAUUUGAUUUUUUAUUUCAUGGCCCUCAUGCUCGAAAGUUUGAGGAAGCGCAGCAUUAUGCACUACUGGUAGCUGCGGUGGGGUGGGGGGGUCUGUGGUUCAGGUUGCUAAAUCCCAAACUGGGCAGUUUUGACAUUUUCAAGAUCCCAGAAUGGGGGGGGGGGGGGGAAUAGUACAUUUUAAGUUAGAUAAGUAUGAACUAUAGUGGAAUAAGCUGUCUCUCAAAAGAGCCACAAUUCUGAAUGAGUUUGGGAUCUGGCAAUAAAACCUUAGAGCAAUCUAAUGAAUAAGGAAUGAAAAGGAGAUGGGAAACAAAACUCAGAUAACAAAAGUAUGUAUCCCCCCCCCCCCCUGAUUUUUCUGACCAACUGGCCAGAAAGAGAUGCUGGUUGGGUCUUCCUCUCCCUUAUCUCACCAUUGUUUACUUCUGCUCCUUAGUUUGCUUCCUCCUUGUCCUUCAGUUUAAACGGGUUUGCUAGUUUGCCCAUCUUUACAUCCAAAGGCUACAUUCCUGACUGCCCACAGUGCCCCCUAAUGGCAAGAUGUUUCCAGGAAGGAGCCCCAGGAAGGGAAAUCCGUAUACACUGCUCAUUCAUGGUCUACUUUCCAUCUCCUCUAGUUUGCACUCUGUUAGGCUACUAGGCUGUUGGUUGCUAGUCUAGCUUUUAAGCUUCACAUUCAUUGGAGGGAGAUCUCAAACAGAGGAAAAACAAAAUUACUUGAUGGUUUUAAAAUGAGUUGAAAUGGAGUUGAAAGAGGAUUGUUCUAUAUGUGCACCCAUUUUAAUCUCUGGUUUAAAAAGCUUCUACAAUGAUGAUAGUUGCACAAAGAAUUUUGUGUUGGGCUGCAGCAGCAGAGAUGUAUAACAAAGCAGCGUUUGAGAUACUGUCCGUUUUCCAAUCAACGAUUGAGCCAAAAAGCACUUAAAAAACAAAACAAAAAACAUCCUAUUUCCCAUUCUGGUCCUGGUGAACAACAAAAGGAAUGCUGAAAACAAACCAACAAACCAGGGCACAGUAUUAGAAGGGACUUGAAACAUUUUGGAACAGUUAAGAAAGCCUAUAUUUAUACGUGCAGCAAAGUACUCUCUGCUCUGAAGAUUAUUUUAUGGAUUUUUAAAAUCUUUAUUUUGUUUUGCAUAAAGAAAAGCUUCAAUAAUAGAUUGGAGCGAUGGCUAUUUAGCUUCAUAAUGAAGCCUUCUGUGCAUUACCUUCUAGAUGCAAAGUUUUUAUUCCUAUGUUAAUCUUCGAGUUGCUACAGUGAUAGUUCAGCGUUUCUCAUUUUAGUCUGUUUUAUGACCCUUCCUGCUUGAUAGAAAGCUCUGUAGCAGAGAAACAGGAUACGGCUCUUUCAAAAUUAUACUCAAAAUGGGCUUGAUAUAAUGCUUCCAAAACAAUCUUCUGCCAGAGACAGACAAUGGUAUGGAUGUAUCUUAUGGACUUGGAUUUGUCUUGAUCACUUGUAGGCAUCUGAUGUCCCCUAAAUGUAUUCCACCUUAAUUACAAGUCAAAAUGAAUAGUGGCAAGAGAUUGUGGAACCACCAAUGGUUCUCAAUCGGUGGAGACAAAGGUCUUCCAGGAUGGGCUGUGUAAGGUGUACACAUGAACAUAUAUACACAGCCCAGAUCUACUGAGAUUACAAAACCUUGUGAAACUGUAUUAUUGCUGAUUUUGAUCUUUAUUUUGGCCUUUUAUUUUAAGAUGAAAAACUAAUUUUUAUUUGGUUUAGGGAUCCCAUGAACUGUGUGUGUUGGGAGCAGAGGCCACAUACCAUGGUGAGUGCAGGCACCACAUGGCUGAUCUGUGGCUUAUGUGGCAGUCCUCAAAAAAAAAAAAAAAACUUUCAUUGUAGGGCUUCAAAUUAAGGAAAAAGUAAGAGUCACUUGGAAGGUACCAGCAUGUUUUUGAUUCUUGGAACCAUCAACUCUGAAUCUGCAACUCUCUCAAAAUGACUUUAGAGAUGGUUAUAGUAAAAGUAGCUGACUAUUCUUGGGCUGUGGGGAAUGAGCAUUGCUAUGCUACUUGCUUUGGAAUUAUACUUUGGAUUUUUUCCCCUCCCAAAUCUGUAAGGGAACAGGCAGGACCUGGCCUUAUUUGGAAUGCUUCUGCUAUUUUAAAAUAUAUUUUAUUCAAAC